UACCAAUACAAAACUACGUGCACAUAUUUAAUGAAGCCUAGAAAAACGCCACAUGUAGGUACAAAUGCCGCUAACAGAUCAUCAGGCCCCCAGGCUGCUGAGGCUGAUCAGUUGAAGCUCAGGAUAAAAACAGAAAUUUUGCUUAAAAAAAAACUAAAACCUGUGGCACAGGCAGUGGCUACCAUCCCCGGACUUGGCCCCAUCCCUGAAAUCAGAAUCUGGCUUUGCUCAUCAACCGCCAAUUCAACUUUUCGGCAUCAGCCUCUUCAUUCUCCCAUCUGCCGCCUACCCAUUUUUCUACUCAGCCAGAGUCUUCACCUCGCCGGUGCAAAUUUCAUAAAUACACCUUUUAAAUCUAUUUGCGACCGUAUCGGGCUAGGUUUUAGUCAACCACCUUCCUUGAUUCGCUUUCCACAUCGUCAAGAUCUAGAUCGCUUGUCUGUUUUUUUAUUUUUUGACGAGUCCACACGUCAGAUCUCCGAUCCUGUCGCGUGCGUGGAGGCAGGAGUUUCGCGUAUCCUCCUCCUCCUCCUCCUCCUCCUUCUUCUAACACUUCCAACCACACCGACCACAAAUAUAAUCAAUUAUUCAACCUCUUCUCGCAUCGUCAAUGAAUGGUGUUUUCAAACAUUUUCAGUUCGAGAUAUGAUGGUCGGUGGAUAGUCGAAGCCGCCAACUUCGACCCUCCGAAUCAUGGCUCCUAGCGCUGGUUAUAAGGAGUUCUUUCCUAACGCUCCUCGAGCCGCCAGGGACAAGGCUAAUGAACGGGAACGCGAGAAGUAUUCGAAAACUUCAGAAGCUGUCGAAAGUGAUCCCAAAACGGCAACGCCUGCUCACCGCGAUGGCGCCAAGUACGAUUUAUCGCUGUCUGAUGCCGCACAUCCCCCGACAGAUGAUACCGAGUCCUUGCAAGGGGAUAUCCUCAACGGUGUUGGUUCCGCAAGCUCCCACGCGAGUACCGCCUCCUCUGUCUUUACCACAUUCAAUUCCUCCGCUCCCUUAGGUGCUUCUUCACGCUCAUUCAACAGCAACUCUACUCCCACCACUAUAUCGGGCUCGCCCACAAAUCCCCCACAUAUGCAAGCCGCGAAGCAGCGCACCUCCGCCAUUCAUAAUACUAGCAGCAGAUCUGAUAGUGCGAAUCCCACAAUGGCCGCGGGGUCGUCCUCUAGUCUUCCCAGCGCCGUCAAGCGCCUCCCGGCUCGAGAUCCUAACCUCACUGUCAAAGGAACCAAGUGCAUACACGAUCCCUCAACCGACAAGAGCUUGUCUUCGAGCGAUAGGAAAACAUUGAAACCCAAAUAUAAGAAUAUCGGCCUGGAAGAUGACGCCCCCCCUCCGGACCCUCGUCUAUCUAAGGGUAGCUGGCUCGACUACAUCAACGUCGACUUCCACCUGCCUAAGGCGAGACUACGCCAAACUCCCUAUAAUCUCAAGCCGUAUCCAUAUGACCCUGCCACCUCCAUCGGCCCUGGGCCACCCACCCAGAUCGUCGUUAGCGGAUUUAAUCCCUUGAUCUCCUUCUCCAAAGUCGUAACCAUUUUUGCCUCGUUUGGCGAUAUCGCUGAGAGUAGCAAUAAGAUGCACCCUCACACAGGUAGUUUUUUGGGUUUCGCAACUUUUCGAUACCGAGACUCUAAGCAGCCAAGACGACCUCCCAUCUCGGCCGUCGAUGCCGCAAGGAGAGCUGCUAGGGCCAUGAACGGGAAGAAAAUCGAAGCGAACUAUGUAAAAGUAGAAUUCGAUCGGGACGGCAAGAAAAGCAGAGUCAUGCUCGAAACUGUCCUUAAGAAGGAUCAAGCCGAAGCAAAGCGUGCAGCCGCUACGCCGCCCGUACCUACGGGUCCAAAACUAAUGCCCUCCGAGCUGCUCAGCCGAGCGCCUCCUGCUGCUCCGAGAGGCCCUGCCGCUGAACGACAACGACCGUCGCUAGGAGGAGCAGAGCCGGCCUGGGCGCCCCCAACAAAACCUAAGGCGUUUUCCAUGUUGGUCGAUAUGCAAUCCGUUCCGGCUACCCUUAAAGGCGAACCAUACGUAUUCGUCCCUGACUCAAGCGUUCCGGUGAUGGUCACAACAAUACCACACAUGAAGAAGCGCCUGAAGUCGUUCCAAUUCGAGGAUAUACGAGCCGAUCGCACUGGUUACUACAUCAUCUUCCCCAAUACUACAUUCGGUCGCGAUGAGGCCUAUAGGUGCUUUAGGUCGGCAGAUGGUAGCGCCUUCUUCACCUACACAAUGGCAAUGAAGCUUCAUGGGGUUACUUCAACAGGGCCUGCCAGCUCUGCAGAAUCUCUGCGAAGAAGUGAGCCAGAUAGAAGACCACUAGUAGAUAUCCGAAACAGAGACGACCACCAAUACAGGCCGCGAGACGAGCGACGUCGCGACGAAGAAGCAGUUUUGGAAGAAGAAAAGAAGCAAAGGGCGAAGAAUUUUGAUCCCGUACUUGAAGCUGUCGAAGUUGUCCGGCGUGAGAUGAAAGAGCAUCUGAUUAGACACAUUAGGACUAAAGUCGCUAUACCUGCCUUAUUUACAUUUCUAGAUCCCAACAAUCACGUAGCUAAGAGGCGAAGGUUGAACCUCGAGGACCCCGCUGGUUCAUCCCGACUCGCGGUUAACGUCGAAGAACGCGACGAGACUCCGAUUAGUACCCCCAAUUCUCGAGCCGACCCGAUCGAACGCCGCACUGCCCGUCUCGAUGUCACUGCUCUGCCUCGCAUCAGAAAGGCUAAAGGCCAAGGUGCUGUGCAGCGAAACUAUGGAUUUACCGAUCCCUUUGCGCGCAAGAGGGCAUCCGUGGUGCACAAUGCCUUCCGUUCUCUUCACCAUCGACUGCAGCCUCCAGAUAGCGACGAGGAGGCAUCCGAAGAUGAAACCGAGAAUCGCGACUCCGUUGCGCGUGAGGUUGAAGAGUCGGACUCUCGCCCUCGUAGCCGUAUGAGCACGGAGGACGAUGUCUUCGAAGAUGGUUUUGGUGAUGAAGAUUCCAUGACGGAUGCUAGUUUCCCUGUCAACGAUGGCCCUAUCAGAACGAAGAAGCGGAAGCUUGAUUUACAUAUCGAGGCUGCUAUCAAGCGGCAGAAGAAGUCGGACGAAGAGCUCUUUGGUGUUACUAUCGAUACGCUCGAGAAUGAAUUCCCGAGCCCGACGGACGACGUGCCUAUGCCUGAUGCUGAGGCUGGACAUAAUGAUACCAAGCCUCCCGAAACGACGGAGCCGUCUACGCCGAUUGAGAAGCCUGUUAAGGGGAGGAAGAAGGUGACCAUAGCAAAGCCUAAGAAAAAGACUAAGAAGCAACUCUUCGAAGAGCGUGAGGCUAUGAAGAAGAAACAACAAGAAGCAUACGUUGAGGAAGCCUUGGAGCAGGCGAGCAAGGAAGAGACUCAAGAGCCUGAAGAACCGUCAGAAAAACCUGUGGUAGAAGAAGCAAUAGAAAAACCAGUUGUCAAAGAUGAUCGGUUUUCUGAUGCGGUGCUCCCAGCAAUGGCCCUCCCAGACCCAUUUACUUUGUCGGUCAAAUCCAUAUCAAAGAUUGAGCUCCAGCCUAAAGACUAUCCUGAUACUAGCAAGCUUAAGAAAAAAUUCAAGGCUGCUGAUAUCGGCGAUCCCAGACUCUGGGUAUGGAGGCAUAAUCGCGUUCGGGAGCUCAACACUGAGGAGUCAUCGUCUGAUGAACCCAUCACUAUAGAGGGCUAUUACGUGCCAAAUCCCACCGGUUGCGCUCGUACCGAAGGUGUAAAGAAGAUUCUCAACUCGGAGAAGUCUAAAUAUCUUCCUCAUCAUCUCAAGGUCCAGAAAGCAAGGGAAGAGCGACAGCUCCGCGCAGCCAAGAAAGACGGUAAGGAUGCUGCGGCUGCGGCUGCAGAAGCAGCGAAGCUCGCAGCUGAGAAGUUGCUGGCAAAAGGUAACUCGAGAGCAAACCGCGUCAACAACCGCCGAUUCGUUGCCGACCUUAACGACCAGAAGAGGACCCUAGGCCAGGACUCGGAUGUUCUCAGAUUCAACCAGUUGAAGAAACGGAAGAAGCCGGUUAAGUUCGCUCGAUCCGCUAUUCACAACUGGGGUCUCUACGCCAUGGAGAAUAUCAACAAGGAUGAUAUGAUCAUAGAGUACGUCGGGGAAGAGGUUCGACAGUCCAUUUCUGAGAUUCGGGAGAACCGUUAUCUCAAGAGCGGUAUUGGUAGCAGCUACCUCUUCCGUAUCGACGACAGCACGGUAAUUGAUGCAACGAAGAAGGGUGGCAUAGCACGUUUCAUCAACCACAGCUGCAUGCCGAAUUGCACAGCCAAGAUUAUCAAGGUUGAAGGCAGUAAGAGGAUUGUCAUCUACGCCUUACGAGACAUUGCUCAGAAUGAGGAAUUGACAUACGACUACAAGUUUGAGCGUGAGAUCGGAAGCUUGGAUCGUAUACCUUGCCUCUGCGGAACGGCAGCUUGUAAAGGUUUCCUCAAUUAGUGCCCCCCUAAUGACUUUUUUCCGGUCCAAUGUUGGAGCGGCGUAUUUGUUAAACAUUUGUCUGGCGUAAACGGUUUUUUUUUUUUCUCUCUUUUCACUGCAUUUUGAUACUCUUCUAUCUCAAGACGGCACACUUCUAAACCCUCCCCGCCUUGAUAUAUAUGCAUCUAAGGAGUAAGCUCUCGCCGAAAGGGCGCAAUCAAAAAAGGGGUGUACAAUAGUUGAUUUUGUUUUCUUUCAUCCAAAGGAGACAGAGGGGGUUCAUCGGC